AUGAACGCGAAUCUAAAUACGCUACAAGAAUUUAUAGAAGAAGUUCUUGCAGUUAUGAGUGAAAAUGGGGUCAAGAAGCACCUUCUGGAGGGCCUCAAUGAUGACCCUGAGUUCAGUAAAUUUUGAACAGAAUGGGCUGCUGGAAGAUGGAUUUACAAAACUGAGAUUUGUAAUAAAGAUUUGAUUACUAGUCUCAAAAAUAAGCUUAAAAAAUUUGCGAAUAUGAUUGAGAAAAUGAAAAUUCCAUACAGAGAAAAAGUUGAUCAUGAUUUUACUACAAGACAAUUAAAACUAGAUAAAAGGCUCCUUCAAUUAAAAAAUGCUAAUUUUAUGGUGGGCAACCAUUACUCUUUUGAUAUGAAAAGCGAGCAUGAUUCUAAAUAUUUUAAGUCUUCAGAAAAAUUCAAGUCUCUAAAGUGAAGAUCAAUAAAUCUUCUUGUAUCAGAAGCAAACAGAAGCAAAGCAAAAAAAAUUAUGAUUAAGUCAAUCCCAAAAGAAGUUGAGAGUUUUAAGAUAAAAUAUACAAAUUACGAUUCCAGCCAAAAUAACUUCAACACAACUCAGAAAAAUCUUCUACCUUUGAAGAGACAAAAUAGUACUCGACUUCUGAAACUGAAGAGUUGACUUUGAUACAGUACCUUAUUAUUUGGGACAACCCAGAGAUUGAAAACUUGAGAUACUACAAUUUAACACUUGAGAUAUGGGAGGAAUUGGAUGUUGAGAAACCUUAAAAUCUCUAAGCAACUUACCGGCUGGUCUAUAUCUUUCAAAAUGGGCGCACUCAAGUUUAAGAUCAAUACUGCUUGACAAUAAUGGAUUUAGCCAGGAUUGCCUCGAACAAAUGUUGAGAAGCUACAAUCUGACUCAUCCCAAACUUAAAUAUUAACAUAAGCAAUUCAACACUUUA